CGCCCCUCCCGGCAGCCGUGCAGCCAUCCGGGGCCAACACUUCGGGGUGUCCCCUCCGCCGUCCUUGGGGUGCCAUCCGGGGUGUGUCGUCCCCCCCCCCCCCUCCUUAUUUAGGGUGGCCUUUGGGGGCCGUCUCCCAACCCCUCUCCCCCCCUUCCCUCCUCCCGCACGGCAGCCAUGGGAGGGCUGAUGUUGGCGGCGGCGUUGGCGGCGGCGCUGAGCGCCGGAUGGGCGCCGGCGGCGGCGACGGCGGCGGCGACGGCGGUGGCGUCGGGAGGCGAAGGCAGCGCCCGCGGCCAUGUGGGGACUGCUGGGUGCCGGGCGCACGGCCGGGAUGUGCCGUGCGGAGAGGGAUCACGCCAUGGGGCCGCCUAUGGGACCGUCAAUGGGACCGCCUACGGGGUCGACUAUGGGGUCGUCAAUGGGACCGACAAUGGGGUCAUCAAUGGGGUCGGCAAUGGGACCGGUAAUGGGACGGCUAUGGAGAGUGGGGGAACGGAGCUGAGCUUCCUGCACCGCUCCCUGCUGGCCGUUGCGGCCACGCUGCUCAUCUCUGCCGCUGCCCCAUUGGCCGCCGUUCUGCUGCUGUGCGGCCGCUGCCCCACAUUGCAAUGGGUGCUGCUGCAGCUGCUGCUGGCCCUGGGGGCCGGGGCGCUGAGCGGGGAUGCGCUGCUGCACCUCCUGCCGCAGUUCCUAGAGCUGCACGUGCACGAGGAGGGGGGCCACGAGGAGCACGCGGAGGCGCACACGCGUGUGCAGCCGUGGCAGCUGCUGGUGGUGUUGGCAGCGCUGUUCCUCUUCUUCCUCAUGGAGAGGAUCCUCCGCAUCGUGGGGGGGGCGCCCCAAUGUGGGGUGAGUCGUUAUGGGGGAGGGGGCUGUGGGACAUAA